GUCAAUUUUGACACACUUUACUCCACCUCUCUCUCUUCGGUCUCUUCACUCCUGCGUCAUACUCCUCUUCACCCUCUCUUCCUUUCAGCGAACCUAAACCGACAACAACACUCUCUCGUGUUCACCGAUCGAUUCUCUGGUUCUAUACAGCAUACAGAAAGCGUAGAGGUAGAAAAUCUGAAUGCUAAAGAGACGGAGAGCAUACAAAAGGCUUAGAUGUAGAACUUCUGAAUGCUAAAGAGACGGAGUUAGCAAGUUUCUUCGAGCUCUCUGCUUCUCUCUUCAAAAAAUGGCGGAUAUACAGCAACCGGAGGCGCAACUAAACGGUGUCGGAGGAGCGCAACUGGCGAUAACGAUAUCUGAACCUGUUGGAUCAAAACGGCAGCGAAGGCCAAGCGUCCGAUUAGGCGAAAUCGGGGGCGACCAGCCCUAUGACUCUCACGGGCGAAGAUCUUCCGCUUUCAUCAAGCAAUUUAAGCAACACCUCCCUCUCGACCACAGAAAGGACCCGAAAUCGUCCAAAACCCGCCCUCUAACGAACCUAACGGAAUUCCAGAACGAAACCCUAGACGAGGAUAUAGAGGUCAAUUUGGACACCGUUGCCAUUGGGAGUUGGCGAGUCAAGGAUUCGAAAAAACGAGGCUCGAAUGCCACCACGAAACGCGUUAGGUCCAAUUGGAUUUCCAGAGUCGCCGAUAGUGGAGGAGGCGGUGAAGACAUGAAUGAGGACGGUACAUAUCGUGAUUUUGAGAGGGAGAACUCUGAGAGUCCGAUUCUUUCGAAUGAGAAUUUAGCAGAUGCGAGAUAUAGGAGGCCAGUUAGGGCACGAGACCAUCAAGAUGGGGUUGAUUUUUCGGGUCCAUCAGAUGCAGAUGAUAGGAAUAACAAUAACAAUAAUGGGAGUCACGGAGAGGAUGGAGUGAAGGUUUGGUUAAACAGUCUAGGGCUAGGGCUGUAUGCACCAGUUUUCGAGAUUCAUGAGGUGGAUGACGAGGUAUUGCCCUUGCUGACAAUGGAGGAUUUGAAGGAUAUGGGGAUAAAUGCAGUUGGCUCGAGGAGAAAAAUGUAUUGUGCCAUCCAAAAGCUAGGGAAAGGCUUUUCAUAAACUUCUUCUAAUUUUGCUCAGUCUCAGCUGUGGCAAGGAAAAUCAUACUUCAGAUUAACGUGAACUUUAGGCCACUGCCUGUGAGUGGCUGACUGUCCUGGAGAUUAUGAACUACAGUAAGAGCUCCAACUUUUCUUUUGAUAAGUUAUUUUAGUUUAUUAUUAGUAUUAGCAUGAGAAGGCAUACUUCAGAAUAACAUGAACUUUAGGCCUGUGUGUGGCGGACUGGCGUGGAGAUUAUGAACUACAGUAAGAACUCCAAAAAAAAGUUGACAAGUUAUUUGAGUUUAUUAUUAGUAGUAGCAUUUUGAAGGAGAAGGGACUUGAACGGUGGCUUCAAGUCCUUGGGAGUAGGAUCCAUCUAGGUCAAGAGCUCCCACUGUUAUCCAAGUGGACGAAGACCGUAACAAGCUUGUGGACAGUCUAACAUUUAUCCUUGGUCUUGCCUUAAACAUAACUUUGCAGUUGUUUCAGGGCCUUGCAAUUGCUAAGAUUUAAUGUUGUGCUCGCAUUCUACCCUCUCCUGCGGUUUGGAUAGUUGUUCUGUAAUCUCUGUCAAGUCUGACUUUAGUUUUAAGAGACUCGGAGCUUUCAUAACUUAUUCCUCUAUAUUACACCAUUGCAUAAUUAAUUGGAUCAGUAAUUUGGAA